AUGCACCAUGCGGCUCUGGACCAGCAGCACCACAGCCACGACCAGUCGGGCCAGUACGACCACAUAUGCACGCGCAGCAGCGGGGCAGCGGAGCCGUCCUUCCCCGGCCAGAGGAGCCGGAACCCCCGCAGAAAGUGGCAGCUGUUCCCGGGACGGAACCGGUUCUACUGCGACGGGAGGAUCAUGAUGGCGAGGCAGACCGGGGUGUUUUACCUGACCCUGGUCCUCAUCCUGCUCACCAGCGGCCUCUUCUUCACCUUCGACUGUCCCUUCCUGGCGUCCAACCUGACCCCGGCCAUCCCGGCAGUCGGCGGCGUCCUCUUCGUCUUCGUGAUGGGGAUGCUGCUCAGGGCGAGUUUCACCGACCCCGGCGUCCUGCCCCGCGCCACGCCGGACGAGGCCGCCGACCUGGAGAGGCAAAUCGACUCGGCCGGCUGCUCCAGACCUCCUCCUCGUACCAGAGAGGUCCUGAUCAACGGACAGACGGUCAAACUGAAAUACUGCUUCACCUGCAAGAUGUUCAGACCGCCGCGAGCGUCUCACUGCAGCCUGUGUGACAACUGUGUGGAGCGCUUCGACCAUCACUGUCCGUGGGUCGGGAACUGCGUCGGACGGAGGAACUAUCGCUUCUUCUACCUGUUCAUCCUCUCUCUGUCCUUCCUCACCAUCUUCAUCUUCAGCUUCGUCAUCACACACGUCAUCAUCAGAUCGAACCGGACCGGUUUCCUGAGCGCGCUCAAAGACAGUCCGGCCAGCGUCCUGGAGGUGGUGGUGUGUUUCUUCUCCGUCUGGUCCAUUGUGGGUCUGUCCGGGUUCCACACUUACCUGAUCAGCUCCAACCAGACCACCAAUGAGGACAUUAAAGGGUCCUGGUCCACCAAGCGAGGGAAGGACAACUACAACCCCUACAGCUACGGAAACAUCCUGACCAACUGCUGUGCUGCUCUGUGUGGACCUCUGCCCCCCAGUUUGAUUGACAGGAGAGGUCUGAUCCAGUCCGACACACCGCAGACCGUCUCCCAGUCCAACCAGUCCAACCAGUCCAACGGGACCAGCCAGCACCACAGUCACAUGUGUGAUCAGGAUCAGUGCCUCCAGAGCACCAAGUCCGUCCUGCAGGCGGCCGCCCCCCUGCUCCACAGCGCCCCCGUGGUGCUGGCCCCUCUGCCGGUGAAGACCACGUCCCUGGGGGGGCCCUGUGCCUACCUGGCCCCCUCCCAGCCCUCGCUGCCGUCCUGCGGGGGGGACGUCCUGACCCUGAGGGACGCCGCUGCCGACUCCCACUGCCACCACCACCUCCACCAUCACCACCACCACCACCGCCGACACUUCGUGAGCCCGGAGGAGACGCCCUGCUCCACGCCGCUGGGCGCCCUGCCAUGCCCCGCCCACCUGCACCUGCACCCACACCUACAGGGCCCCGCCCCCCCCGCCCUGUACGACCCCGCCAGCCAGGACGCUCUGCACGAGGACUCGGUCAGAGGGCUGGUCAAACUCAGCUCCGUGUGAACCAAACAUCUCUUUACUUUAACGGGUUUGACCUCCGACCUUCAGCUCCUCUUCCUGUCUUCAUCAGAUUCUCAGAUUCAGUGGAAAAACGUCUCUGUUGUCGUAAAGUGUUUCCUGUCUGAGGUUUGAAGCAGAAACAGACUUUGUGAAUAAAUGAAGACGGAACAUGAAACGUCUUCUUUCUACCGAUCACACGCUGCAAACAUGUCGUGGAGUAAAAAAAACAACGUUUCUCUCUGAAAUGUUGUCGAGGAAACGUAGAACAAGAGAAGCAGAAUAACAUUUGACAAACAUUACGUUUUUUGAAACCUCUCUGGAGUCCAGCUUCAUUUUCAUUAAUAUUUUCCAACUUUCUCUGCUUUCUUUAUUGUCUUUUUAAAAGGUCACCUCGCUGGUCUGAUUCCACUUUUGUCAAAGCUGCUUUUUUGCCCAAAAAU